AUGUCUACUAAUCACACUGCACGAGGUCAACCGCCUGGCAACAAUGCUGCAAGUUCAGCAGAGAGGUCGUCGGAGGAUAAUGGUGCAACAACAAAUAAGUUGUCGUCGGCACAGUGCACCGUGAUGUGUGUAUAUCAAGCAAGCAUUGCCGGAAUGUGCUAUAACGUGCACGUCAUAUGGAGCAAGAACCUAAUGAACCAUUGUCUAAACAUCUCAGUUAAUAACCCAAGCAGUGAUAACCAUCAAAUCAGCAGCUGCAAAAUUGAUCUCAAGCCUUGGCACUUCUGGAGCAAGAAAGGGCUCAAGUCGUUUGAGGUCCAAGGGAAACGAGUGGAUGUUUUCUGGGAUCUUCGUGCAGCAAAAUUCGAGUCAAGCCCUGAACCAUGCUCGGAUUACUACGUGGCCUUGGUGUCGGAGGAAGAGGUGGUGUUGUUGCUGGGAGAUCACAAGAAGGAAGCCUACAAGAGGACCAAAUCACGGCCGUCGUUGGCAGAUGCUACGUUAAUUUAUAAGAAGGACAACGUGUUCGGUAAGAAAUGUUUUGCCACGAGAGCCAAGUUUGACGAGAGGAGAAAAGAACAUGACAUUGUGGUUGAGAUUUCAAUAACGGGACCUAAGGAUCCUGAAAUGUGGAUCAGCAUCGACGGGAUUGUGUUGAUCCAUGUCACUAACUUGCAAUGGAAAUUCAGGGGAAAUGAGACGAUCAGAGUGAAUACGAUUCCGGUGCAAGUCUUCUGGGAUGUGCAUGAUUGGUUGUUUAGCGGCCAACCCACUGGUCACGGCUUGUUCAUUUUCAAGCCCGCUCCUCAUGAUUACGAUUCCGACCUCGACCAUGACAAAGACGCCGGCAGCGACAGUGGCAGUCAGGGCGCCGGCGGCAGCGAGAGCGGCGACAGUGGAUAUUACUCUACUUACUCUCAGAGUCGUCCAUCAUCCACCUCAGAUUUCUGUCUUUUCCUAUAUGCCUGGAAAUUGGAGUGA